AUGCUCUUCCAGUGCUUCCGAGCUAUUUUAGUUUUCGUCGUUCGUUCGGGGGUUGAGCCUUUGUUUGGGUUUGUCUCGGAUACUAUACUUGCGGAUGCAAGCCUCUAUUGGCCAAGGGGUCUUAUUGAGUUUCACCAUUGCCGGCUCCUUGGCUAUUGCCACAUAUUGGUCGAGUUGAUUGGUCUUGCUUUUGCUUGUGGGUUAGAUAUUAUUCCAUGCCCGUUUGGGUUUGGGAGCUAUGUCUAUUGUCUUACCUCUGUUUGGGCUCGCCUUGGUCGACUUGUCGAGUCCGCCUCUUCAUGGCCUCCUCACUCGUUGUCUCAUAUUUUGAGUGGGCUUCACUAG